GCAUUAUUCAAAAUCGAAACUUAACUUCAAACAGAAGUGAAACUCUUGCUUCACGCGUCCUCACUUUCCACAGCUACAAGCGGCGCAAACAGUAGAUGAUGGCUUUUCCUCAGUACACACCAUUUUAUAAUCCGAGAAUUCCAUUCAUUGGGUCCAUCAGUGGUGGUCUCCAGGAGGGUAAAUCCAUCACCAUUAGUGGAUGGGUCCAACCUGCAGCUGACAGGUUCCAUGUGAAUUUGCAGCGCGGCUCCAAGACAAAUGCAGAUAUUGCUCUCCAUUUUAACCCACGGUAUGACAGUCAUCCUGGCUAUAUUGUUACCAAUACCUUCCAGCAUGGUCGUUGGGGUACUGAAGAAAGGAAGCAGAACUCUCCUUUAGCCACUGGCUGCACAGUCUCCAGGGAUUCCUACCAGAUGUACAUCAAUGGCUCUCACUUAAUGGAGUAUCGACAUCGUAUUCCAUUUUGCCAAGUGGACACCAUCUCAAUUGAUGGAAAAGUAGACAUUUCCUCCAUUGCCUUCACAAAUUCAAUGUUCCCUGGACAGCCAGCAUUUCCUGCUCAACCCAACUUUCCUCCUCAGGCCAGCUUUCCUUCACAUGUAAUAUAUCCAAACCAGGGAAUUUUCCUACCUUCUUCAGGAUUUCCCCCACAGACAUUUCCUGGAAUCUAUGCACGUCUGGGAUCCGUGCCUUUGAGGGGGGUACUGUCAUGAUCCUGCCGCUCCAGCCCGGGCUCUGCGGGUGCCCGCGUGGUUGUGCUGAUUGGGAGGCGCACACCUGCGCCUCAUGCGGGCUGAUUAUCCUGUGUAUUUAUAUGACCCCAAUGACGACUGGUCCUCGCCAGUUCGUUGAGCUUCAUGUCCCGUUUGAGUACUCCCAUAUCCCUGAUCGACAACCCGUGUGUACCGACCUUCGCCUGUUCUCCGACCAACCCCGUAAGCCUGACUCCUUUGACACUUCUUCCUGCUUUGAUCGUUCUCCCGUGUACCGACUCAUGCCUGCCCGCUGACCUGCUCUCUUCGCCCGACGUCCCAUUUACCGCUGCAGCACCUGACUGCCUGCCCGAUCCCCGACCACGAAAUAAUAAACGUUUCUCCCCGAACUACCUUGCAUCGUCCGAGUCCUGCAUUUGGGUCCUACUCCCAUUCCGAUGGGACGUGACACAGUCUGUCGUUACAUGGAGACAACCGCCACUCAGUGGUGUGCAAGCCACCCCACCAGGCACACCUCACACCAUGCUUCAUCGCCACAUCUCCUUCGCCACUCACUUGGGGGCCAUUAUGCACACACACUGCGCUCACCUCUCGCGAGAUAUUCACAUUUGUAUCUUUAAUUUUGCUUGCAUCUGCUUCACAUAAUUCAACUGACCAGCAGACUUGCUCACAGUUGUGACUUCCUUUUCAACUACUGGUCAACCGUAAAGUUAGUAUGUCAUCAUUGUACGCAUGCAACUUUUUUCCUCGAGCCCCCCAGACUCAUGCGGGGUGCUCUCCGAAGAAACACAUAAAAGCCAACAUUUUUGAGCCCCAGACUCGUGUGGAAGCUCAUCGGCUAACUCAUGCCCUCAUGCAACGCAGACCUGCCAUAUUUCACAAACUCCAAACACGUGCUGCAAUUCAGCGGCGAACACAUAAAAGCCAAGAUUCCAGAACUCCAAACGUGUAUGGGAGCUCAGCAGUGAACACAUAAAAGACGAAAUUCUAGAACUCCAAAUGCGUGGAGCAGCUCUUGAGACUCCAAAUCCCCCAUGAGAGUCUUAUUCAUCGAACACAUAAAAGUCAUGGUUCACGAGUUCCAACUCAUGCGGCAAUUCAACAUCUGGAUGAAGACACGCCGUAAUUCUGGAGCACCAACGCGUGUGGUAGCUCUUGAGACUCCUAAUCAAUGGGGAAAUCUUACACAGCAAACUCAUGUAACCAAACGCUGUUACAAACACACUCCCGACUUUGUUUCCAAAGCCUUCAACCACCUCGCUACCAGAGACUGCUCACAAGGGCCAAAUUCCAAAGCCACAAUUCUGUCAGUGGAAGCACUACAUAGCCACCAGGACAGAUUAUGAAAAAAUGCUCACCUUUAAGACAGUCGGCAACUGGAAAGGACCACAGCACCAGCGCCGGAAAAGGGCUCUGUGAAUCCUGUUCAUGACACCACUUGAAGUGUAUUUUCCCCUUGAGUCUGGGCAGCAAACGGAGGUAGCACUCUCAGAGACAGAAGGGCUAAUUCUUUUAUUAAGAGGUGUCACAUCUGCAAGCUACCAGUCCGAUAUUCUGUUGCAUUUUAGAAUGCCCCCCACCCCACACCGACCCCUCAAAAAAGUCCCCUCUCAACCUUUGUUCUCUCCUUAAAAAAAUCCUCCUACCCCUGUAGACGUUGCCAAGAGGUACCCCUCUCACAUUUUCCAUGGGGACCCUCCCUUCUCAACCUCACCUAUGGAAUGUUCCCCACAUUCUGGGUGCGGGAAGUCUGUGGGCAUUGAAUACUUGGGUGCAAUAAACCAAUGAAUGCAAAUAUGGAACCAGGACCCCUGGCGAUAACCCCAGGUGGUCAUUCGUGAGGUGGCUAGCUCUAAAAGCCCCAAAUGGCCAUGGAAUUCCUUUGAAGUAAACCUUGGGGUUCCAUCGGAGUAGAAUUACUUAAGGAGUUUAUCUAUCUUACUUUCUAAGAUUAGACCUUAAUUCUCCUCACUCAGGAUUUAUUUAUUCAUGCUAAAAUACACUACAUUGCCAAGGGUGGCACAACCCGUUAUUUGGUUCAAGAGGUAAUUACUUUUUCAUAGAGCGUCAGAAAGGAAGAAAAUGCUUCAUAAAUUGAUUUAGCAUUUAUAAACUAGGUUUUGUAUUUCCUUUAGUUGUGUCUGAGUGAUUAAAAUUGGUUUGAUGAUUUGAUACCUAAUGAAGACUAUUUUACUUUUAUUGCACUUUCAUUAUUUGCCUAAAUAUGACCUUAUACAUUUAAUCAACAGAUAAAGUGUUGUCCAUUUGCUAAUCUGACAAGGAUGUGUUGUGGAGCCGGUGGUUGUCCUUGAUCUUUGUACGCAGAAAACCGGCUGGUGGCAUCCUCCUCUCUCAGGCGUUGCCGUGGAGACAAACGACACCAGAUAAGGAGCGGAAAGUUACCAUCCCGGUCCAGGACCAGGACCAGACUGCGGGGGGUGGGGGUGGGGGGGUCAGCCACAAUUACCAUGGACCCAUACAUAUAAAAACCUUGUGUUACCGGGCUUUGGCUAUCCUGCCAGAAGACACACGUCUCACGUGCGGCAGAUACCUAGAUAAGACCCGGACGUCUAUAUUGCACAUUCCUUUGUAAUGAAUCCAUUUGCUGUUAAGUUUUUCUAAUCAUUGGUCAUAUUGGCUUCCUGGUGAGAAAAACUUGGUCUUCUAAAGAAAUGAAGAAAAGAUGGGAAGCCUUUCUACAAACAUCCAUUAGAGACUUUUUUUUUUUUUUUAGAUUGGCAAAAAAGAAAUAGACCAGUAAAAUAACUAUACAAUCGUGGAAUCUUCCAAGGUAGACUACACACAUGGAAACGGUGGCUUCCCUCCUUAAUUGUUUGUACGCGUAACACUGCCAGAGUCCGUUGCAUCAAAAGUCCAGUCAGCCCAGGGCCCACUGUAUAGUGUUUUGCAACAAACCGACAUAUCUUGACAAUUUUCAAAUGGAUAUUGAAUAAAACUCUGCUAGGGCAAAGUUUAUAAAACAGUGGUCAGGCCAGCCAUGAUGUACAGAUUAGACAGUGGCACUGAAGAAACAGUGUCAGAAGAAUUUAAGGUGGAGGUGGGACUGCAUCAGGGUUCCACGCUGAGCCCCUUCCUGUUUGCGGUAGUAAUGGAUAGGCUGACAGAUGAGGUUAGACUGGAUUCCCCUUGGACCAUCAUGCUCGCAGAUGAUAUUGUGAUCUGCAGUAAAAGCAGGGAGCAGGCGGAGGAACAAUUAGAAAGAUGGAGGGAUGCACUGGAAAGGAGAUGAAUGAAGAUUUGCCGAAGUAGAACAGAAUAUAUGUGCAUGAAUGUGAGGGGCAACGGAGGAAGAGUGAAGCUCCAGGGAGAAGAGAUAACGAGGGUGAACGACUUCAAAUACUUCGGAUCAAUAAUCCUGAGCAAUGGAGACUCUGGUAACGAAGUGAAGGAUGGACGUAUACAAACCUUUUAUUUAAUUAUUUGUGCAGGGUUUUUCAUUUUAAUAAAAUACUACAUAGUGUUAAAACAAGCAGUAUUACAGACUAAUCACUCACAAAUUGGGAGACAUGUUUCCAAUUUAUCAAAAAUAAUUUCCGCACAAUGAAAUAGAUUGAAAUGAACCUCUGCUUUAUCUCCACAUUUUUUUCUUAUUUUAUAAAUUUUGAACCUUAUUUUUAUAUAUUAAUUACAGAGUUUGCAGGAAGUGUCUUCUCCACAAGAGGUUGACAUCGAACAAGCAGAUGCUGAACCUCCAUUUUUGGUCCAUUCCAAAAGUUGCCAGACUGAUGAAGUUGCUAUUCAUGAAAAUGGAACACAUAUCUUUCCGACAGCA